UUUCAGUAUGAGGCCGUCUAUAAUCUAAUAAUCCCAAGAUUCAUAAAAGUAGAUUUGACGUAACUACAUAUGCAGUUGAGCCGCUGAUAUGUAUAUCCUACUUUUCGCCGGGCAUAUUUAUAUCCUACUUUCCUAUUGCUGUCAUAUGUGUCACGGCUGAAAUACACAGCAGCUAAGUUACCGACACGUUCUCAUCGGAACUAUCGCUGCAGAACCUCCUGAAGUCCCCGGAGUACCUCUUCCCGUAACAUUUUUCCCUUUCUCCUAUGAGACCUCUGCCUAGUUUCUAGAUUUCUUCGUAUCCGUUCUGAUAUCCAAAUGGGCAUGCUGAAAAUAGGCAAGAACUGCAGCGUUUGCAAGGAGUGGCAAGAACACUGCUACUGGAGCCAUAUGGCCGACCACAGUAAGCACUUCUUGAAGCAUAUGGUUGGGGAUUUCACCGAGAGCAUGACCGUGCCUGCUAGAUUUGCAAACAAUUUCAACGGGCACAUCUCAGAGGAAGUGAAUCUGAGAUCUCCUAGCGGCGAAACCUGGAGCAUUGGAGUAGCCAACAGCGACGCCGGUGAACUAGUUCUUCAGCCUGGCUGGAAAGAGUUCGUGGAUGGCAACGGCAUCGAGGAAGGAGACUGCCUGCUCUUCAGGUACAGCGGCGUCUCCUCCUCCUUCGAUGUGCUCAUCUUUGAUCCGUCCGGCUGCGAGAAGGCGUCGCCGCAUUUCGUCGGGAGCCAUGGAUUCGGGAGAGCGGAGAACUCCGCCGGAGCUGAACAAGGAGGCAGAAACGGCCGCCGCACGCCGCCGAUCGUCGACGGCGAUAAUGGCCAUCGCCACCACCUGGAGAUGACGCUCCACAGGAACAGCUGCAGGAGCAUCCCCAGAGCAUGCAAACGCAGCUUAUUCAGUGAUGAAACAGAAGCGAAAGAAAACGAUGGCGAAGAUGAAGAUGUUGUCGCGGCCGCGGAAGGCGGGCGCUACGGGGAGUACUACUUCAGCAGGCACGGACGGGUGGCCGAGUACAACCUGAGGGAGGAAGACAGGGAGGAGAUCUCGCGCGUCCCCGUGCCGGUUCAGCCCGGGAACCCGGUGUUCGUGCAGGUCAUCCACAGCAGCCACGUCCGCAGCAGCAAGUACUGCAUUGUAGGGGUGUCGCCGGAGUUCGCGGGUAAGUAUCUGGGGGCGGUGGAGAGGGAGGUGGUGCUGGAGAGGGCGAGCAGGGGAGGGGAGUGGCACGUCCCGUUCGUGCACCGGCAGAACACCCGCGGCUUCUACGGCGCCGGCUGGCGUCAGUUCGCCGGCGACAAUCGUCUCGUCGCCCACGACGUCUGCCUCUUCGAGCUCACGAUGGUGGACGCCGCGGCCAGCGGCGGCGGAAACCGCCGGCGACGCUGGAGCCGGCGGCCGACGAUGACCGUGCAUGUCCUCCGUCGGGUGCGUGGUCGCUUCGUGCUUCUGCGCUGACCUCCUCGGGCUACCUGCCGUAUGUGUUUGGACUUUGGACUCGGGAGCAGCACACCUGAACUGAUGAACUGAACCAGCUAUAACCUGGUGGCCUCUGCUUUUGCUCUUGCUGGACCUGGUGGCAAACAGUGUGUCUAUACUGGUAUGUAAUUAUGUAUGUACGUAUGUACCUGGUUGUAUCUAUACUAGUAUGUAGUAUAUGUAUGUACCUGGUGA